AUGAAUGUAAUAUCUCAAGUGGAAGCACCGGAAGAGAAAACUGUGGACCGUGAAAAGGUAUGCCCACUUUUGUUGCGAAUAUUUUGUGCAAACGGAAGGCAUAAUCCGCUGUCAGAAUAUGGACGUGGCAGUACUCCAGCUAACGAACUACAAAUUUACACUUGGUUGGACUGCACUCUAAGAGAAUUAAUGUCACUAAUAAAGGAGGUGAAUCCAGAUGCUCGACGACGUGGCACUACAUUUGAUUUUGCAGUCGUAGCCCCGGAUCGCUUCACUCCUCGGUAUGUGAUGAGGGAUAUUGGCAAUACAAUGAACGGGCAACGUGGUGUGGAUGACAAUAAGACGUUAGCAAAUUGCAAAUUCGAAAUUGGUGAUUUUAUCGAUGUGGCAAUCACUUUACCAGGUAUUGGACCUGUUGGACCGAUACUGCGGCGAAGCGGAGGGUUACCAAUGCGAGAUCGAUCUCCAGUACGGCGAAGAGUUUACUAA